CACGCGAUACGUCUACUUCUAAUGUAGAAUUAAAAUACUUUGCACUAAAAUGUCAAGAUUUGGACCUGAAUCCAUCAACAACACUAGUAAAUCCCCAUAUUCAUUGGUGUUGGAUUUUAGUUACUCUCUGUAAUGAAACAAAAAAAAAACAUAACAGAGUCAGAUCCACCCUUUAGAUUAUGUCAGAUCGGUAGCCAAUUAGAACGUCAAACGCAAUACAAGCAGGAUUGUAAACCAAUGAAAAUCGAGAGUGGGCGGGUGCUUUGUUGUUGUGGUUGACGGUUCACUUCCUGCUUUACCUUAUAGCGUGACAUAGACAUAUAGUGUGAAAUAAACUGCGGGGGUAAAAGGAGAGAAGAAACCGAAGACCUGGCAGCAAAGUGUCCUGUUGGAUGAGACCUCCAACACACCCAGACAAAGUGGAGUUUAUAGAUUUCUCUGCCAUCAAAAGAAGACAAAGCAGCAGUAAACCAUUGAAUUUCCACCCUGGACUGAAUCCUCUCUCCAAGAGGCGGAAUAAACAUGGUGCAUGUCUACAACUGCCAUCCUUUCGCCUCACAGCAGAUAGUACAGGUGGAGCAGGAGCCUGGACUGGUCUGCUGUGGAGGUGGUGUCUUGUUCGUGGUGGCUGCUGGUGGAUGCAAGGUGGAGGCCUACAGUGUGGAGCAAGAGGGCUGCCCUUUCAUCUGUCGCUUUGCCACCAUGGGCACUGUGAAGAGCAUCCAGCACAGCAAGAUUGGAGAUUAUCUGGUGACCAUAGAGGAAAAGAACAGCGCCACCUACCUGAGAGCCUACACCAACUGGCGCUACCAGGCGGAGGGGAAGGCUCGUGUCGGGGUGCGUUUGUUGGGCCACUUGCUGCGUGGAGCGUCUGUGCAGGGCGGAGUGCAGAUGGAGAUCAUUGAGAUCCCUCUGUCCACAGAAAAUCAGAGUCAGCAGAUCCCUCAGAGCACCUGGCCGAACUCUCAGCAGAGCUCCAGUCAGAGUCAAGGUCAGACCUUAAGUUCAAACCAAAAUUGCCUGGAUUUUGAACGCUCAGUUAUCCUGCAUCUUCAAAAAAUCAAGCCUAAAAAGGUGGCGCUGUGUGGAGGGUAUGUGGCGGUGCAUGCGGAGCUGGAGGUGCUGGUUCUUAAACUGGAUUCAUCCUGUGAACAGAAUACCUUGGACGAAUCAUCAGACCCAAAGAAAACCGAUCAUCUAGAAGACCAGGCUGACUUUCUGGUCCUUCAGAGACACCAGGAGUUGCUCGGUGAUCGAGCUAAAGACUGUGACAUCCCUGUCAGCAUUGAAAAGACCGGGCUGGAGGACAGUACAGGGCAAUACACGCUGUCAUAUGUUCUCUUCAGGCGUUUUACUCCAGAUUUCUUCCAGGGCUGCAAUGUGGAGGAGACUCAACUCCACUCCCUACAGCUCUACCCGCUGUUCACCAGUAACCAGUCAGUGUAUCUGGAAGAACCAACCUGUGUGUUCUGCUUCUUCUCUCUCCCCACCGCCGGCUACCUGUACAGUCUGAAGGGUGGCGUCGAGCUUCUCUCAGCCUAUCAGUAUCCAGAGAAGGUCCUGGAGGCGGUGCUAACAGACCAUCUGUUGCACGUCAUAACAAAGAAUGCAUUGCAGUGUUUCACAGUGCGCUGUUCAGCAGUAGCAGCCAGGAUUAAAGACCCCUACAUCGACACCACCAUCAAGGCCUGUCCGCCCUGCAGCCUGGAGGUGUGCGCGCUCAGGAUGCAGCUGUUUAUCGGUCUGCGCUCAUUGUGUGUCUACGGCCGCCAUGUUAUCCUGCUCUCCACCGCCGACGCAGAGACACCAGAAGAACCAGAACGCACCACACAUCGCAGAGGCCUCGAGUUGAAAGAACACACCUUGCUGACUGGUAUUUUCCUGGCGGUGGGAAUCGAUCCCGCAACCACGCCGGCUCUGGAGAGCCUUCUAUCACGCCCCUUUCUGAGCAGGAAGUGGACAAUCUCUUCUCCCAAAGAAACCAGCUCAGCAGGACACGGAUGGAACCUCUAUGUGGUCGACACCGUCUCCCCCCUCACUCUUUACCAAGAGAUGGUUGAAUACAGCCAGCGGUAUGCGGAGACCAACCCGCAGGCCCAAAGCCUUCGGCACCUCCUCAGUGAAGCUCACCUCCUCCUCCGUGCCUCCUUACUCCAAACACCAGAGCAGCAAGGAAACAUCGAGGGUAAUCCCACGGUGUCUCUGCAGACAGAUACAGAUGGACCAGCUGAGAAACAGACAGCUGUCCAGACAGGCAUUCAGGAACUGGAGGAAGCACUGAGGCAGAACUGUGCACAGCUGGGAGACUGUUUUAGCAGGGGCAGUCAGAAGGACUGCCACCUGGCUCUGCCGUACUACCGGAUGUCUGGUCUGUCAGUCACAGACAUCAUAGCCAGGAACCACCCACUUCCCAGCAGCCCUCACUCCUACGGCCCUGGCUUCCUGUUCUACCUGAAGCAUUACCUGUUAGAAGAAACAGAGCAGAUUCUCAGUCAGGAAACAGCUGAUGAGGUCAUAGACAUUUUCAGCCAAUCAGAGCCCUCACAGCUCGUCAGUGUGUGUGCAAGCCCACCCGUGAUAAACAUCAGUCCUGCCCAGACGCUGCAAGUCUUACAACAUCUGGAGGCCACAGCUGGCGUGUCGGUUCCUCUGACAAUCACCAUGGCAACCAUGAUGCUGCGUUUGGAUGACCUGCCACAGUACAGACAGCUGAUGGAAAGACAUGCUGAGAUGCUGCUGGUGUACGGGUUCAUCGAGGAGCCAAGGCUGUUGCUGCACGGCGGAGGUGGAGGCCAGCACACACACAUCCGUCCCACAGCGUUGACUCGCCAGUUGGCAAAGUCCCAACCAGGACUGCUAGUGGCUGCCAUGGUGGCUUUACAUGAAAACAACAAAGUCCAGCUGGAACAGGCUGGUCACAUAUUUAAGGAGCUGGGCUGUGAGAAUUGCUUACAGGUGGAUUUCUGGGAGGCGAUGCUCAUGGCCUCCUCACAGGAAGCUGUCAUCCAGGAACUUCUGUUCCGACUGGUGUCCGUCUACAUCGACCGACUGACAAACACGACGUCGGAUGCACACCCCAACGAACCACACGCACCUUCGAGACGCAGGCCGCUGAAGAGCGCAGACGAUCUGAUGAACUCAUGCUCCCAUUACGGUGCUCUGUACCCGUGGCUCACUGUUCUCAAUCCAGCUCAAAAUACCAGCUCCCAACACCAGGAGGCGCUGUACAAACUGCAGUCUCUCCUGUGUGGUCCGUCCCUCUCCGUGGGCUCCGUCGUGCCUCUGAUGGAGCGUCUGUCAGAGGAAUCCUUAUGGGGCUUCAGCCUGCACCUCCUCUGCACAACCAGAAGGGGGCAGUAUGACAGGAGCAUUGAAAAGCUGCUGGACCGAUGUCCUCAGGCCAUCAUAGCCUACGCCAACCACCAGUUACAAGACAAACAUAUGGUGUUAUGGUGGCAGAAGCUGCUCCCAGAGCUUUGUAACAGGACGAGAGCUGCCGCAGACAACAGCAUCCUAUUGUCUGCUCUCAAAGAGACUCUAGUUGUGGUUGCCAUGGAGAUGAGCCCCACAGAGUUCCUGGAACUGAUGCCUGACGACGGCACGGCAUUCUACUUCCUGCCUCACCUCUUGACUUGUAGCCAGAGUCACUUGCUAGCAUGACUGUCUCUCACACACACACACACACACACACACACACACACACACACACACACACACACACACACACACACACACACACACACACACACACACUGCUGCAGGCCCUUAGCAGUGGUGUUUGAGGAUUAUUCAACCAUGGUAACACUGAAAACACAAUAUGUAAUCUCUAUGCUCUGACCAGCACUUUGUUUCAUCAAUCAUGUACAGGUUUUAAUACUCGACCAACUUUUGAGUAUUAAGCAAUUAAAUUGAACAUGUAAUCAGUUACUUGGGUGAUGUAUGCUCUGUGUUUUUAGAUGACUUAGAUAUAGAGAAAUAGUAGUAGAUAUAGAAAAGAAUCUAAUUUGCAGGAUACACUGAACAGACUACAGUAUAUAGAGCACAGAUAUGAAUCAAAAAUUGUUUUUCAGUUUCCCUGCAAGUUCAUGUUUGUAUGCGGAUAUUGCUUUGUAAUUCUGUGUUCUCCAUUAAUAUUGUGAUGUGUUGUCAUUUUUGUUUCAAUGAGAAUUUAUUUUUUAUUUAUGUUUGUAUUCCUGAAACUAGUCCUGUAAUUCAUCAGAUAGGCAGUAAGUUUAAAGCACUUCAGAGCUAUGGAAUCAUUUAUAUUGCCACAAACGUGUCUUGUGAGAUUGUUGUCAAUAAGCCAGAAAAAUGUCAUUGGUUGUCACUCAUGCAGCAAGUAUUCACAACUUCCUGCUAACCUUUUAUUGAAGUUUCUUCCUCCUAAGAUAAAUCGAAGAAACUAUUGAUUCCUGCUUAUGAAGCGUCAUCUGGUUAAUGUGAAACUCAUGUAAGUUAGUAAAGAAUAGUUUACUAA